GGUGCGUCACCCCGGAGUUCCUUAAAGGGAAAGCGAGCGGGCGGCGGGCGCACGGGAGCGCGGCGCGGCUGUGGCGGCGGCGGAGGCCCCGCGCGCUGGGAGGAUGCCCGCGGCGCCCGGCCACCAUGCAAUGGCGAGCGCUCGUCCUGGGGCUGCUGCUCCUGCGGCUCGGCCUCCACGGCGCGCUGUGGCUGGUCUUCGGGCUGGGGCCCAGCAUGGGCUUCUACCAGCGCUUCCCGCUCAGCUUCGGCUUCCCGCGCCUGACGGGCCCCGGCGGCCCCGCCCCGGGCCCCGCUGAGCCGCCCGGGGGCCCGGCGGGGCCGGCGUGGCGGCGGCCGGGGCCCGGCGCGGCGGGGCGGGCCCCGCGGCGGCGGCCGGGCGUGUGCGGCCCGGCGCACUGGGGCGCCGUGCUGGGCGGCCGGGGCGGCGGGCCGGACGAGUACGAGCGGCGCUACAGCGGCGCCUUCCCCCCGCAGCUGCGCGCCCGGAUGCGCGACCUGGCGCGCGGCAUGUUCGUCUUCGGCUACGACAACUACAUGGCGCACGCCUUCCCGCAGGACGAGCUCAACCCCAUCGACUGCGGGGGCCGGGGCCCGGACCGCGGGGACCCCUCCAACCUGAACAUCAACGAUGUGCUGGGCAACUACUCGCUGACGCUCGUGGACGCGCUGGACACGCUGGCAAUCAUGGGAAACGCGUCCGAGUUCCAGAAGGCGGUCAAGCUGGUGAUCAACACCGUGUCGUUCGACAAGGACUCCACCGUGCAGGUCUUCGAGGCCACGAUCAGGGUCCUGGGCAGCCUCCUGUCCGCCCACAGGAUCAUCACGGACGCCAAGCAGCCCUUCGGCGACAUGACCAUCAAGGACUACGACAACGAGCUGCUGCACAUGGCCCACGACCUGGCCGUGCGGCUGCUGCCGGCCUUCGAGAACACCAAGACCGGGAUUCCCUACCCCCGGGUGAACCUGAAGACAGGGGUGCCCCCCGACAGCAACAACGAGACGUGCACGGCCGGCGCCGGCUCCCUGCUGGUGGAGUUCGGGAUGCUGAGCCGGCUGCUGGGCGACUCCACCUUCGAGUGGGUGGCCCGCCGCGCGGUGAAGGCGCUGUGGAGCCUCCGGAGCAGCGGCACCGGGCUGCUAGGCAACGUCGUCAACAUCCAGACGGGCCACUGGGUGGGGAAGCAGAGUGGCCUGGGCGCCGGGCUGGACUCCUUCUACGAGUACCUCCUCAAGUCCUACAUCCUCUUCGGCGAGAAGGAGGACCUGGACAUGUUCAACGCCGCCUACCACAGCAUCCAGAGCUACCUGCGCCGCGGCCGGGAGGCCUGCAACGAGGGCGAGGGGGACCCCCCGCUGUACGUCAACGUGGACAUGUUCAGCGGGCGGCUGAUGAACACGUGGAUGGACUCGCUGCAGGCCUUCUUCCCGGGGCUGCAGGUGCUGAUCGGAGACGUGGAGGACGCCAUCUGCCUGCACGCCUUCUACUACGCCAUCUGGAAGCGCUACGGGGCGCUCCCCGAGCGCUACAACUGGCAGCUGCAGGCCCCCGACGUCUUCUUCUACCCGCUGCGGCCCGAGCUGGUGGAGUCCACCUACCUCCUGUACCAGGCGACCAAGAACCCCUUCUACCUCCACGUGGGCAUGGACAUCCUGCAGAGUCUGGAAAAGUACACGAAAGUCAAGUGCGGGUACGCCACGCUGCACCACGUCAUUGACAAGUCCAAGGAGGACCGCAUGGAGAGCUUCUUCCUCAGCGAGACCUGCAAGUACCUGUACCUGCUGUUCGACGAGGAGAACCCGGUGCACAAGGCCGGCACCCGGUACAUGUUCACCACCGAGGGCCACGUGGUGUCGGUGGACCGGCACCUGCGGGAGGCGCCGUGGAAGGAGUUCUUCCCCGAGGAGCCCGGGCGCGCGGCCGGGUCCCUGCACAGGCCGGCGGCCCCCGACCUGAGAGCCCUCAACUCCAGCUCCAACUGCAACCGCGUCCCCGACGAGAGGAGGUACUCGCUGCCCCUGAAGAGCGUCUACAUGCGCCAGAUCGACCAGAUGGUCGGCCUGAUCUGACUGCUGGCUGCUCUGGGCCCUGCCGCCCGAACCAAAGGCGGCAUCCGCCACGCCGGCCACGCCGGGACCCUGUCAGCUCCUCGCCCGCGUCCAGCAGUGUCCUGCUUCCCUAGUGUUUCUCUCUGUCAAUAAAAAGCCGCUUUCUUACGGGUGUGAUGUGAGGUGAGAGGAGCUGCUGAUGCCAUCGGCACCACGGACGAUCUCCGUGCCCGGACACCGUGUGGCCGCCCCCGUCAGCGCCUGUGGAUGGAGCCUGCGGAGGCCUGCGUCCCGGCCUCCCUGCCUGCUGCCUUUGUCGUCCUCUCUCCGUCGGAUCACUGGGCUCUCCCGGUGUCAGCGUCGCCGUGACGGUGGGUCACGUGGGGAGAAGAAGCCAUCAGCGGCCUGUUAGCCCCCGGAGCCCUCGCCGUGUUGCCGGUUCUGCGCUGACGAGUAGCCGUCCGUGGCGGCGUCGCACCGAGCUUCGAGGGGGACCCCGGACGUGUCUGACCGUCGCUGGGACUGCCUGGGGGCUGCGUAGCCCCAGAACCAGGUGCCUUUUGGGGAGAGAAGCACCCCGAGCCUGCCUCUGCUGCGCCCGCCACGUGGUCACGGACCAGGAUGCUCAGCUCCGACCGUGUCCGUGUCUGUCUCCGUGUCUCGUGCCAAGUACCUGAGUCAGGGAGCCGGUGCCCGCGACCAGUGCCUUACGUGGUCACAGCUGCCGCCGUGGCUCCAACAGGCAUGUUCUGUGUAGCCACAUGGCGGGAUGGGGAACGAACGGUGGGUGGGGCGGGCGUGUUCGGAAGAGUCUGCAGCUUCCUGGCCAGUCCCGGCCUUUCCGCCUGCUGGGCUGGCUCCGAGGAGGAGCCUGUGCUGAAAUGCUGUCUCCCUUCCUCCUGUCUCCCAUUCCCGGCCAAACGAGGGCCCCUCGCCGAGCCAGGGGUGCGAACCUCACCUGCUCCCGUGGCCUCGGGGACCUGAGCCCAGAGGAAGGGGGAGUCUCACCCCCAUCACGGGCCCACCUGCACUGCGUGCACUUCGAUUCCUUCCUCCAUCUUAAAACGGGAGCCGCACAGCGCAGGCCCCGGCUCCGCCCCCACAGGCGUGGCUCCGCUCGGAGUUUUAAAGGGUUUUCAGUAACAGAUGUGUCACCUCCCUCUCCAGCGUUCACUAUGCAAAUUGUUUAAAGGAGAACCUUCCUGUCAGAGGCGUCUGUGCCGGUCUUGUCUCCGCUGCUGAAUAGAGAGUUGAGUUGUCUAAAGGGUCGUACAGAUUUUAAGUGUUCUCAUGGACUCGGAGAACCCCAGUGUCCCGGGUUAGAUGCACAGGCAGGCCGAGCGGGUCCUCCCCGCUGCGCUCCCGCCCCCGGCCUCCCUGCCACGCCUCCCCCUGCACCUUCUCCCGGGAUUAGGCAGGCUGACGCCUCAGCACCCGUUUGGACGAUGGGUCACAUUAGGCAGGAAAGCGGGGCCCGAGCGUCCGUGUGUUUUCUCUCGAUCGUUGCUGCCCUGGCUUCCUCCCGGCUUGGGAAUAGCCCCGUGCUGGGCCUGCCUGCCUCCUCCACCAGGGAGGGCCCGGCCUCCAGGGACCCAGGCGUGUCCUGUAUUGUGCCUCACAGCCUCUGGUUCCCGGCCCCGGGCUCAUCCUGGGUGGGCGGCUACGGCACGGCGGGCCCCGCUCGAGUGGGAGGGGCUGCGGGAUGUGGGCGGGUGCCCUUGCAGCCAGGGCACACCGGCGGGUCCGUGGCUGUUCUGAGGGCGGUGCGGGCGGGAGGCUGAGCGGGCGGUGCCGGAGAGGCCCUCGCUGGCUUUGCUCCAACGCCCUGGCUCGCCCGUCACCCCCGGCUCAGCCGUGCCCCUGCCACGCUCUUGGUCCACGUGAUGCUGGUGUCGGUCUGCUUUGGUGGCUGAGCAGCAGGGUUUGGGAAGGCUGCUCCGGUUCCGCCUGGCGUGGGCGGCCUCGCCGCGAUAGAGGAUGUGACGGGAACCCCACUUCCUGCGACGAGAGGUGACAGGAAGUGCUGCCAGCCCAGCAUGGCACCGCCUCUGAGAGGCCGCCUGGACCACGGUUGGCGAGCUCCCGGGCUUCUGUGUGCGCCCAGCUGGGCCUGCAGGGGGCCAGGCCCGGGCCGUUGGGGGGCGGGAGCCUGGUGCUCCCUCUGCCUCGAGCACUUUCCUCCGCUCAGUUCCUUCCUUCCUUCCUUCCCCGCGCUCCGGCACUUUCUCUCUGACGCGGCUCUGACAGGUGCGGGCCCUGAGUGGUGAUGGCGCCUGUCGGAAACCUCCGUCUUCCCUCUCCGUCCGCACCGGCCGGCGGCCCUCCCCGCAGGCAGGCGUCUGUGAAGGGGCAGCGGGCGGUGCGGGCUGGGGGGCUCAGGGCUCCCCUCCCCUGGACGGCUGCGAGGCUGGUUCAGUUCCUGUGGACCCUCCCCCGCCCCUUCUCAGGCAGAGAAAUAAAUGGUCUUAAAGGUAUUUAAGUAGCGAACCCCACACUGCGUUGUUAUUUAUUACCGAGAAACGUGAGUCUGGUUUUGAGAAGAGACCCAGAGGGAGCUGGGAGCCUCUGUGCAAUAGGCCUGCGCUGCAGCGGGUUCCUGUCGGGCUGUAAAGAGGUGUGUGUGCGUGAAACGCGCCUUUUGUAAAGGACCAAACGCUUUUAUAAAUGUAUGAGACAUAUCUUGCUCUUUGAAAUUUACUAGGAUUUUUAUGAGCCGUUUUUAUUAAAAGGUUCGCUUUUUUGG